AUGAAGACAAGUCAGCAGGAUUUGUAUUCGCAGGUUGUGGAUUUGAAGAAGCGAAAGCCCAAUCUGAAGGUUUGGAUAUCUAUUGGAGGAUGGGAUUUUAAUGACCCAGGUUCCACGGCUAGUACAUUUUCAGACCUCGCGGCCUCUUCCUUGAAACAAACUACCUUCUUCAAAUCCUUGCUUUCUUUCCUGGACAGUUAUGGGUUUGAUGGUGUUGACCUGGACUGGGAAUAUCCCGUGGCAUCUGAACGUGGAGGUCGAGAAGCAGACUUCGAUAAUUAUGUCACGUUCUUAAAAAACCUAAGAGAAGCACUCGAUGGGGCUAAGAAGGAUUAUGGUCUUUCUAUCACCCUCCCAAGCAGUUAUUGGUAUCUGCAACACUUUGAUAUUGUCAAUCUUAUUGAGAGUGUUGACUGGUUCAAUAUGAUGACUUACGACCUACACGGAACUUGGGAUGCCGACAAUGCCUGGAUCGGCUCAGUUGUUAACUCACAUACCAACCUCACCGAGAUAAAACUUGCCAUGGACCUGCUUUGGCGAAAUGAUAUCGAUCCCGAGAAGGUGGUGAUGGGAUUAGGCUUCUAUGGCAGGAGCUUCACUCUUUCAGACUCAUCAUGCACAACCACUGGGUGCCCAUUCUUGGGUGGUGGAAACGCAGGGCCGUGUACGAACAGUGCUGGAACCCUCUCCUUUAGUGAGAUCCGCUCUAUCCUAAAUGAUGAUAGCAAAAAGGCUACAAAGUACUACGAUUCAGUUGCGGCCGUUCAGAUUGUGACGUUUGGAGAAAACCAGUGGGUGAGUUAUGAUGAUUGGAAGUCGUUUGGGGCCAAGAUCGACUAUGCCAAUUCCCACUGCAUUGGCGGGACAAUGGUUUGGGCUGUCAGUCUAGAUGCCGAUGGAUCUGCAACGAACGGAUUGACUGGAGCAACCGAUCUCUUCCCAGAUGAUAACGGCUCCCAAGGAGGCGAAGGGGAUGUUUACAUUGGACCUGACCUAUGGACCAACGAUACUGCUGAGGUUGCUUGUAAUGCACCUUGUACAUUGGUGCUCCCUCCUCAUCCCCUCGAAACGCCCGUCACUAUCACUUGGCCGAAAUAUGAGACUUCCGUUCUGUCCACUUCAGAUGGGACUGUAUACACUAAGACAACAGCGUUCAAUGUUCCUGAGUUCACUAUCACCGAAAUUCCUUUCUGGCCGGAGACUAUAGCCAGCACAGCAGGGUUCACUGCUUAUUUCAGCCCUAUGCAGAGCAUUGCACCGCCUUCAUUGGUUAUCGAUCUUCCAGCGACAGAAGCAGCAUUUCCAUUAGAUACUGUUGAUUACUCCGCAAGAGUGACUCCCACUGGAUCAACGCCCGUGAUCACACCCAGUGCUUCAGCGGUGUCAACGCCUGCUGCUGUGCAAUCAGGUAUUGCAGGCAACUGUGUAGACUUCUAUAAAGCUGCAGAUGGUGAUGGAUGCUACGACAUUGCUUCAGAGCAUGAUAUAACAAGUGAUCAAUUCCUUAAUUGGAAUCCAGCCGUCGGCUCAGAUUGCUCAGGACUUUGGAAAGAUGAAUAUUAUUGUGUCGGUGUCGCUUCCACAGGAACUACAAGUACUACAAGUACAAGUCCUGCGACAACAUCGGACAAUACUGUGAUUACUUACUCCAGCUCGCAUCCUAUUACUAUACUUCCUCAGCCCACCGUGACAUCAAUCAAUCCCAAGAAGACGCCAAUUCCGCACAUCAAAUAUACCAAGGGCAACCCACCGUCCAACGGUGGCUGCAGUGCAGGCAAGGCGUUAUCCGGGUGCGGAACGCACAACUGCAACAUCUUUGGAUGUUCAGGACAUUGCGGAAUCUUUGGAUGUGAUGGCGGCUGCGGUAUUGGCUUCUGUGGUGGAGGCUGUGGAUUGCUUGGCUGCGGUCCAGGCUGUGGAGAUGGGCACUGUAUAGUGGCAGGUGGUGGAGGUGGAAGUGGCGAGUCGGAAAAUAACCAACAAUCAACAUCUACCACUUCGUCUUGCACUGAGACUGCAAGCAUGACUACCACCACUGCUUGUGAUACGGCCUGUGCCGACGCAACGGACACGGCAUGUGCUACCAUUUGCGACACAGUCACAGUUGGCGGAUGUACACCAACUGCCACAGCGGGCGUACAGGUUGAUGAAAUUAUUGGCGGGUCCUGGGACUGGAUUAAUGAUAGUCAGGAUGAACAGAACGCUCAAGCUAUGUCUUUCGCUUCUGUCAUUAACCCGUACCUCAGCUCCGCAGAUCCAAUUCUCAUCAGCGGUACGACAUUUACCGGGUCCAUGUCAUUAACGGCUGCACCAUCGAAGACUACUACAGUUACGGGGAUAUCAGCCACUUCUUGUGGCUUGCAAAGCAUGACUGGAUCAGACAGUAAAGCUUCAUCCACAAUAUGCACCUGUAACGGAGGAUUUGGAGCCUCGUUGUCGACAAAGACUAACGCCGCAAAGUCGACCUUCCUGAUUUGCGCUGUCGAUCCUCCUUUGACUGUGACUACGAUCAAGCCCACAACAACAACGAAGACAGCAACAGUGAGCCAUACGCAACCAGCCGAUGGUGAUUCAACCCCACUCGGAUUCAUCAUCAUGAAUCUGCUCCAUGAAUCCGAUUAUGGCAACUGGAAUUAUAUGACUGUAAGUCAGGGCGACUUGAGCGAGGUAUUCCCGAUCUCUGGCAGUAUGAUGAAGUCCGAGGUUGAGACAGGGUCACAAGCAAAGUUUUGUGGCCAGACUACCACAUUUAGCACUACGAAGGGUGGAGGUAUCCUUCAGGGUGAGAGUGACACCGGGGCAAUGUUCUCAUGCACGGAGGAUUACGAUCAUGACCCGAUCACUAUUUUUUCGAAUAAUUCUCCAGAGAAAAUCAUUGUAACUUAUAUGUGGAAAUGCUGGACUAGUAUCUGUGUAUGGGAGAACACACCAGUUUCGUGA